UUUAAGAGCAAUGGCCCCGAACGAAAAGUCCCGGGCUUUCUUGUGUGUAUCAUCAAGCUCGUCAAACUUGUAAUAGACUGCUCGUCACUUUGGCUUCGGCCCUGUUCUGCAUCAGCAUUGCUGCCUUGGUCUUUUACGCCUUGUUUCUCUGUUUUCGUUCUUGAUAUAUUUCACAGCAUAACCAGGAUGGUUUCGUUGAAGCAAUUUGCGACUUACACUCUGGUCGCCUUGUGUUCUGCGAUUGUUGGCUACGAUCCCGGCUGCAUGAACGGGGUCCUCGGUUCGGACGACUUUAAGCAACGAUAUGGUGUCAGCAACGAUGGAGGAAAGACCAUGUACUUGACGCCAACGACAAAGUCUCUGUUUUCUUCACUGGCAGUCAUCGGUGCAUUGAUCGGUUGCUUCAUACCUGCCGCCGCCACCAACAAAAUCGGCCGCAAGGGAUGCUUCGUGCUCGCCUCCCUCUCACACAUGGUUGGCGUGUGCAUCUUGCUCGCCGCCCCUCCUGCAGCAGUCUUCAUCCUCGGCAGGAUCUUCAUUGGCAUCGCGCUCGGCCUAAUUACCGCCAUUAGCGGCGCCUACCUCAACGAGGCCUCCUCGCCCGGCUUACGAGGAAGCAUCUUCAGCAUUCUCCAGCAGCUACUUACUGUCGGCACUGUCCUGUCCAACGGCAUCAACUGGGCGACCAAGUCUCUGCCUGGGGCCAACAGCUGGCGAGUCAGCGUCGGUUUCCAGUUCCUGAUCUCGAUUGUCAUGCUGUCGGCCGGGCUGGUGGCGCCAGAGUCGCCCUCUGUGCUCGUCCGCUGGGGCCGGCCCGUUGACGCAGCACAGUCAUUAGCCAUUACUCAGGGCAUUGACGCUUCGUCCGACGAAAUCCAGACAAUCAUCCGGCGCCUCGAGGACGACUGCCGCCCGUCAUCCACCACCGACACAAAAUCCGACAAAGGCAACUCGACUCCGCCACCACCGCCGACAACCUUCGCAACCCUCCUCGUCGAAUCCUUCCGCGGCACUGCGCUGCGCCGCACCCUCAUCGUGGCCGCCGUAUCGGCACUCUGCCUCAGCACGGGCUUCGUUUUCUGGACCUCGUACGGGACGACCUUCCUCGCCGACGCCGGCGUCAGCGACGCAUACAUGGUCAGCUUCAUACUCGCGCUCGUGCAGUCCGCCAGCACGGUCCCGACCAUCUGGCUCACCGACAUCCUGGGCCGGCGCACGCUGCUCCUGAUCGGCACCUCCAUCAUGGGCCUGGUCCUCCUGCUCGCGGGGCUCUUGUACACCGUGCUCCCCGCCGGCGCCGCCCCGGCCACGCAGAUGCUCGUGGCCGCCGCAAUCAUCUACAUGGUCGCAUACGGCGGCACCUGGGGGCCCGUGACCUGGCUCGUCAUGGCCGAGCCGCUCUCCUCGCGGCACCGCAUCCCCCAGACCACCGUCACCUUUGUGGUCUACUGGGUGACUUACCUCAUCAUCGGCUUCGCCACGCCCUUCCUCGUCGACAAGACCGCGGUCAACAUGGGCCCUUACAUCACGUACCUCUGGUUCGGCGGCGUCGUGGUCGCCCUGGUCUGGGUGUACAUGUGCGUCCCCGAGCUCACCGGCCUGAGCGAGGGCGAGAUCGACAUGCUCUUUGAGCAGAGGGUCCCCGCGUGGCGGUCCAAGGCGUGGAAGCGGGCCAUGCGGGCUUCGCGGGACGCCGAGAUUGAGGCCUCGAGGGGCGAGGUGCGUGUCGUUGGUGUCGAUGCGGCAACGGCCUCUGCCGCCGCUGACGUGGAUUGUGAGAAGGGCGCAGGGUUGGUCUUUGUUGUUGCUGAUGCUGCCGAUGCCGAUGCCGCUGCUGAUGGGGACAAGGAAAAGAAGAUCGGGGACGACAGCAAGAGCCUCGUCGUGCACGAGGUGAAGGAGGUUGAUUCUUCGUCCGACUCGGACAGGGAGUGAUUGGGGGAUAGAUAUCCCCCGGGUGUAAUGGUAAUAUUGUACGAGCAAGGACAACGACAAGGACAUGGGGGAAAAGGUGAUGGGGCAUGGUUUGGCACAGGGAGAGACGGGGGAAAAAAAAAGCUGGAACUGGGAUUUGAUUGGCGUUUGGCUAUACUCUUUACAAAACAAGCGAGCGGCUGCUUUAUAUAGAAUAUUUGGGGGUUUUCGAUGGCAUACACAA